AUGGCAGAGUAUUUGGCUUUCUCUGAUUCAAAUAAGUGGAAGGUCGAACACCCCAGCACCUUCUAUGCCUGGGAAGGGGCCUGCGUCUGGAUUCCCUGCCGCUACCGAAUCCCAAGGGAGAAGGCGGACCUGGACAACCUCACCGUGUACCACAAUUACGAGUACAACAAAAACAUCAACGACUUCAACGGGACGAUCCUCUAUAAAAUCACAAAGACCUGGGAGUCCCCCUCGCAGCAGGGAAGGGUACGAUUCCUGGGAGACCUACAAAACAACUGCACGCUGAGCAUCCACUCGUUGCUGGUUGGAGACAGCGGCCAGCUGGGGCUGAGGAUGAUGACAAAGGGCGACAGGUGGAUGGAGGCCGUAAACCUCAGUAUCUCUAAAUCUCCUUUUCCACCUCAAAUCCAGCUCCCUUCAGAACUUCAGGAGUCCCAGAAAGUCACUGCAACCUGCCUGCUGAACUUCACCUGCUUUGGAUAUGACAUUGAACUGCAGUGGUCCCUGGAGGGGGCCCCCUUCCUCCCUGCUCCCACCGUCGUCUCCUCCUCCCCUACCAUGGAGACUGUCUUGACCCAGAGCCAGCUCGCCUUUGAACCGGAGUGGUCUCACCACAGGAAGAACCUGACCUGCCAGGUCUGGCAUUCUGCCAAAGUGCUCUCUGAGGGGACGGUGCAGCUGGAUGUGAAGCACGCUCCGAAGUUGAAGAUCAAGGUCAUUCCCAGUGAAGCCACUGUAAUAGAAGGGGAGUCUGUGACCAUGACAUGUGAGGUCACCAGCAGCAACCCAGAGUACAAGACUGUGUCCUGGCUCAAGGACGGGAUCCCCAUGAGGGAGAAGACGGCGCUCACACUAACUCUGCCCUCAGUGACCAAGGACGGUGGUGGGAAGUACCGCUGUCAGGCCUCCAAUGAUAUAGGCUCAGGAAUGUCGGAAGAAGUGGCCCUCAAAGUGAUGUAUGCCCCGACUCCUUCCGAGGUUCACAUCCACCACACACCUGCUAAGGAGGGACAGUCAGUAGAACUGGUUUGCAUAUCACCGGCCAAUCCUCCUCCAACAAAUUAUACCUGGUAUCACAAUAGGAAGGAAAUACUGGGAGUGACAGAAGAGAAAUACUGGAUCGCCAAGGUCAUUCUGAGGCAUGCCGGGCAUUACUCGUGCUUGGCAGAAAACAGGCUUGGUUCUGGACAGAUUGGCCAGGAAGCUGAGUUGGAUGUCCAAUAUCCCCCCAAGGGGGUGACCACAGUGAUUCAAAGCUCCACACCGAUUCGAGAAGGAGACAGCGUGACCCUGUCCUGUAGGUACAACUCCAGUAACCCAACAGUUACCCGGUAUGAGUGGAGCCCCCAAAGUUUGUGGAAUGAGCCAUCGCACGGGGUGCUGAGGAUUCGGAAGGUUGCCUGGGACACCCCACCCAUCUCCUGUGCUGCCUGUAACCAGUGGUGUUCGUCAGCUCCUCCUGUCAACCUGGAUGUCCAGUAUGCCCCCAGGGAUGUGAAGGUCCUGCAGAUCAGUCCCAGGUUGGAGAUUCAUGCUGGGAACCGGGUCCAACUCCAGUGCAACUUCUCAAAGAGCCACCCCAAAGAAGUCCACUUCUCCUGGAAGAAAAAUGGAAGUCUUCUGGAAGAAAAAGGAAGAGAAUUGAACUUUGACUCCAUCUCCCCAGAAGAUGCUGGAAAUUACAAGUGCUUGGUCAACAACUCCAUAGGACAGUCAGCAUCUAAGGCCUGGAGGCUGCAAGUGCUGUAUGCACCUCGGAGGCUGUGGGUGUCCAUUACCCCGGGAGACAGAGUGAUGGAAGGGAGAAAGGCGGCCCUGACGUGUGAGAGUGAUGCCAACCCGCCUGUCUCACAGUACACCUGGUUUGACUGGAAUAACCAAGACCUCCAGUACACGGGCCAGACGCUGAGAUUGGAACCUGUGAAGGUCGAGCACUCAGGCUCCUACUGGUGCAAGGGGGUCAACCGACUGGGCGAGGGCAAGUCGCCCCCCAGCACCCUCACCGUCUACUACAGCCCCGAGACCAUCGGCAGGCGAACGACCUUGGGAAUUGGCCUCUGCCUGGCCAUCCUCAUCCUGGCCAUCUGGGGGGUGAAGCUUCAGCAAAACUGGAAGAGGACUCGGAGCCAGCAGGGGCUUCAGGAGAAUUCCAGUGGUCAGAGCUUCUUUGUGAGGAAUAAAAAGGUCAGGAGGACCCCCCUCUCUGAAGGGCCCCACUCCCUGGGAUGCUACAAUCCGAUGGUAGAAGAUGGCAUUAGUUAUGCUGCUUUGCGCUUUCCUGAGACGGACACACCAAGAGCUGGAGAUGCAGGGACUUCAGAAACACAAGGUCCUCUCCCAAAUAAUGAAGACGUGGUCACUUACUCAGUGGUACAGAAGCGUGUGGGUGACUACGAGAACGUGACUCCAGACUUUUCAGAAGACGAGGGGAUCCAUUACUCGGAGCUGGUUCAGUUUGGGGCUGGGGAGCGGCCUCGAGCACAGGAAGACGUGGAAUACGUAACUCUCAAGCACUGACGGCAGGGCCCGCUGCGUUGGAUGUGCCCAGAGUCAAAGGGGCCAAGGAAACCUCAAGGUGUCCCCAGCUGCUGCUGUUCAGCUGCUAAAUCACAGGGCCUUCUCCCUGCACACACACACACACACACACACACACACACACACACACACACGUCACUGAGGAGAACCUUGUGUCUGUCUGGUUCAGAGUCAUUUUCCUUCUCAGCACUGGUAACCCUGACCCUCCUGAUCUUUUUCUAUUCUCCUCCCCAACCAGAAAUUCACCUACACACCCAUCCAGCAUUGCACACCCUCUGCCCCCAACCCAGACACUGCCACCAUCCACCCCCUCCUGGGCCCUCCCCUAUUGCCCCUAUGUCUACUGGGGUUGAUUUGACACUCUUUUGUCUUCUUCCCUUCCCCGACCCUUUGACCUCCCCACCCCUGCCACCACCCAUUAAUCGUAUGCCCGAUUUCUGCUCCUGGGGAAAUCCCGGGAAAGACAGAAAUGAGGUAGACAGAGGCACU